GCAGUUGAUGGUUCAUGUACUAUGGUGUCAAAAUAUUUUUGUUUUGUUUAUCGUAUUUUUCUUUUUUAAAAGUGAAAUAUGUGAUAAUUGUGGUAUAUUUUUAAUGUUUAUUUUAUUAAUUUUAUUAGGUGAAUGUAUUAAUUUCAUUUUGUGGUCAUGUCAUAUAAGCAGAUUCUUCUCAAGUUGUUGUGAUAGUCAUGUCAGACUGUGCGCUGGUAACCAGUGUAAGCGAACACGAUGCUAGUAUGGAUGUGGGAAACGACAAAUCCCUCUUCGAGCCGACUAUUGAUAUGAUGGUAAAUGAUUUCGACGACGAGAGAACAUUAGACGAAGAAGAAGCUUUGGCGGCAGGCGAGCAACAAGAUCCGAAAGCGGAACUUAAUAGCUUGCAACGUGAAGGUGAUAUGCCUUUAGAGGAAUUACUUGCAUUGUAUGGUUAUAACAGAGGUAUGGAUAAAGCAAGCCCUGAACAACCACCAGAGGUGGUACCGGAAGAAAAUGAGAAAGCUGAGUCUGCUCUACAGCAGUUAUACACUGAGACCACAAGCCCUGAAGCCACACGGUGUCUCCGCUCUGGCUCAAGGCCUCCUUCUGAAGAAGAAGAUGAUUAUGACUAUAGUCCCGAUGAGGAUGACUGGAAAAAAACUAUCAUGGUAGGUAGUGAUUAUCAAGCUGGUAUACCAGAAGGUCUCUGCAGUUAUGAUGAUGCUUUGCCAUAUGAGAAUGAAGAUAAAUUGUUGUGGAACCCAAGUGUCCUUGAUGAAAAGGUGAUAGAAGAUUAUAUGAGAAAAAUAUGUGCUAUGAAUUCCGGCACAGGUAUUGAUGCUGUGCCUAGAGGAAAGCAGCUGAGAGAUGAUGAAGAAGCAUUGUUCCUAUUGCAACAAUGUGGUCAUAAUGUUGAGGAAGCUCUCAGGAGGAGAAGAAUAUCGGCACAAACCCCUGCCCACGCCAGUGUAUGGUCCGAAGAGGAAUGCAGAAACUUUGAAAAUGGUAUCAAAGUUCACGGCAAGGACUUUCACUUAAUACGCCAACAGAAAGUCAGGACGAGAUCUGUUGGGGAGCUAGUACAAUUUUAUUAUAUCUGGAAAAAAACCGAACGACAUGAUAUAUUUGCUAACAAGACGAGACUAGAAAAGAAAAAAUACACACUACAUCCUGGGCAUACUGAUUAUAUGGACAGAUUUUUGGAGGAACAGGAAGCUACAGGGGCUGCUAAUGUCGUCCGACCUGUCUCUCCGUCCCCUAUGAUGGUGUAUGUACCUUCACCGGCCACCCAGCCGGAUCCCUUGGCUUUGGGAGAGAAAGAGGUUUUCUCUCAAUUAAAUCCCCAUACUACACCACCAAGAACCCUCUCCAUCGAGGAUCAAGAACCAGACGUUGUUUCCUAAUAUAUACAAGGCUUUGCCAUUCAUAUAGAAUGAAUUGUUAUGACUAAUAUACAGGAACAUGCUAUUUCUUUACUCAUUUAAAUUUUAAACGGCAUCAUCUACAAAUAAAUAUUACUUAAACAUUAUCAAUACUUUGUAAAUAAACAUUUUUAUUAUUAUUAUUUUUUUAAUAUAUGACUGAAGAAAUAGCAUCACUAAGAUUUAAUACAUAUUCGGCAAACUAAUCGCAUUAGUGUUUUAGAAUUUUCAAUUUUAAUCCUAAGUUUGUCAGUGCCUAUAUCAAUACAACACAGUAUUUUUCAUAAAUAUAGUUGAUUUUUACUUUUUUAUUCUGUGACCAUAAGUAAGUUUUUUUUAAGUUAUUUAAUAAUAUUGCUUGCUAGAUAUAAGUUAAUAAAUUUGAAGAUAUUUAAUUAUGUUAAAAAAAAAAUUUUUCUAUUGAUUACAUAAAUUGUUAUUAAGCCCCGAAUCGAAGAAUUUCCACGCUAAUGAUUUUAUAAUUUGACCGUUUGACAUAUUUUUAAGUGUUUUAACAUCGUUCAUUACAAAAUGUACAUCUUGUCUAUAGCUGUAAAUAUUGGUCCAAUAUUAGCUGUCCAUAUCGUUGAAUAAUAAAAUAUGUCAGUUUUUUUCUAUAUUAAUUAAUAUACUAGUAUUGGUAUCAAUAUUUGUUUGUAAAUUCAUGGUGUAUUUAUAAAAACGGAGACAUGCUGGUGUUAAUGAAUUAUUAAAAUUAAGAUAUCAGUUUUAUAAAUAUGUAAAUUUCUAUGUACAAUCAUCUAGUAACAAUUACCUUUCAAGCAUAACAUGGUGUUAUACCAUACUUGGAAAUAAAAGUAAUGGUUGCUGUUGAUUGUACUUAAAGAAAAAUUAAUAAAUAACUGAAAUGUGUUGUAAUAAAUUAUGGAUAAGUAUAAAUUUAAAACGGGAAACUUGGAUUGUUUCAGUUAUAGAUCGAUAUUUUUUUUCUUUAAGUUGUACGUUUUCGCCUUUUAACUUGUUUGUAGUAAAACAUAAGUAUAAAAUGAGAUUUUAUAUUGUUUUAUGACAAAAUAAAUUAAAGGUUAUGGGAGCAUUGGGAGUUAAUACAGCAACAAUUGUAGAUGUAAGUACUACGAUUUUAUAAAUGUUUUAGUUUUAUACAUUUGCAUUUCUUUAAUGUGGAAUGCGGUAAAAUCAUAAGUACAAACUAAUGUUUGUUUAUAUUUGCACUUAUUGAGAAACGUUUUAUACGUCUUAUUACGUAGAUAAUUAUGGUGUAAAAAUAGAGAUUAAAGAUAAACAGUGCAAAUUAA